AUGUUGAAGCCCACACAAGCAGACUUAAGCACAGCCAAACACGUCUUAAGAUACUUGAAAGGUACACAGGUAUUAGGAUUAACUUUUAGGAAAUCAUGUUCUCCACUAAUUCUUAAAGGAUUUUGUGAUUCAGAUUGGGGGGCGUCUAUUGAAGAUAGACGAAGUGUGACAGGCUACAAUUUCCAGCUUACACAAGAUGGUCCAAUGAUAUCAUGGAAAAGCCGAAAACAACCGACCGUGGCAUUAUCAACGUGUGAAGCGGAGUAUGUAGCACUCGCAAAUGCAAUACAAGAAGCUAAAUUCUUGCAACAACUUUGCAAGGACAUGAGGGUAAGUAUUGAAGGUAAGUUACUAAUUAUGAUAGAUAACCAGGGAGCUAUGAAUUUAGCCAAGAAUCCAGUUCAUCACCAAAGGUCAAAACACAGAUAUAAAGUACCAUUUUAUCAGAUCAGAAAUACAGGAAGGUCGAAUUAUUCUAGAGUAUAUUCCAAGUGAGGAAAAUGUAGCUGAUAUUUUUACCAAGCCAGCCAGCAAGAUUAAACUAGGACGUUUUGGAGGUAUUAUGUCAGGAAAAUAG